AUGUUCGGAAAAGACGCACGACGCUUUGCCGGUCAAAUCAGCGGUCAAGUGGAAAAGUUGGUCGGCGAUCAUUUGUCCAAAAAGGAUGGCAAUCGCAGCAAAACCGAAACUCCCACCGAACAGCUUGGAUUGGUCGGCGGAAAGCGCAAGGCAUUGUUUGUAGGAAUCAAUUACUUUGGUCAAAAGGGCGAACUCCGUGGUUGUCUGAACGAUGUCAAGAACAUUAAGGAGUUCCUCGAAGCCAAUUAUCCAUUGGACGAAGUCAUGGUGCUCACGGAUGAUCAAACAGACGAUCCGGAUGGCAUGCCUACCCGAGCCAACAUUUUGAGAGGCUUUCAAUGGUUAAGACAGGGAGCUACUUCUGGAGAUUCCUUGAUUUUGCAUUACUCUGGUCAUGGAGGAAGUAUCAAGGAUGAAGAUGGUGAUGAAGAAGAUGGUAUGGAUGAAACCUUGUGUCCUGUGGAUUAUGCCUCGGCUGGUAUGAUUGUCGACGAUGAAGUUCAUGCUGUGUUGGUCAAGGGAUUGCCAAAGGGAGUCCGUUUGACGGCCAUUAUGGAUUGUUGUCACUCCGAAUCCAUGCUCGAUCUACCCUUUAUUUACAAUGUCAAUGGCGACUUGGAAAUUGUGGAAAGCACCAAGGCCAAGGGAAUUGCCAAAAUGGUCGCCACGGGUGUCCGCUACGCCCUGGACGGUAACAAAAAGGCCUUGAUGAGCAACCUCCAAACGGGCUUUAGCAGCCUCAUGAACAAGGGCGGUGGCAGCGGCGACAAGAAUGAGGCGGCACGCAAAAAGACCAUGGAAACUCGAAGUACCGAAGCCGAUGUCAUUUCCUUUUCGGGAUGCAAGGACAGUCAAACCAGUGCCGAUGCUACCAUUGGUGGAGAAGCAACCGGGGCCAUGACCUAUGCUCUCAUUAAAACUCUCAAGGGUACCCAUGUCAUGGAAUAUACCGACCUGCUGCGCACCAUGAGACAAACUUUGGAUGGGAAAUACACUCAAGUCCCAAUGAUGAGUGCGGGACGCAGAUUGAAUUUGAGCAGUCAAUUUAGUUUUUAG